GGCUCGGCCACGUAAAACGGCGCGACAUCACGUACGUCUCGUCUCUCCCCAUGCCGUUGGGCAUACGUCGAAAGCAGGCUGGUGGAGGGAAGAACGAAGUGUAGGGGGAGGGUAGGAGGGAGAGGGGCCACGUAACGCGCACCGGUACGCAUCGUUAGCGUCGCACGAUUAUCGUCAUCGGCGAGUGGCGCCUAGUCGGCGAUAUCAGUUUGCGGUUCCCGACGAUCGGUCCCGGUCGCCUCUCGUUUACUGGUGUUGCUACGCCGUUACACGCCGAGUUAUAGUCGUAGGUUGCGUUCGAUCCGUGCGUACGCGUACGUUACUCACGAAAAGUUCGGGAACGCGCACGUCCUUUCGGAUUAUCUCUUUCUCUCUCUCUGUCCCGGCGCGUGACGUUCGUAACCUCUCGUCUUCCACGGCGACACUCCUCGCCCGCUGGGUAGAUAGAUCGGUCGAUCGGUUGGUCUGAGUUGGUCAAGAUGGCCGAGAAGAGCGGCUCGCCGGCCGCGGGCCAGGAACAGCAGCAACCGCAGCAGCAAUUCUUGUCCGCCUUCAUCACCGAGAUUGUCAAGAGCCCGCUGAACCUCGCCCUCGUGGGCGUGAUCGCCGUUCUGGUGUACAAGAUCCUCAAGAGCCGCGCGCAGACCGAGGAACCCGUGCAGGAGGUGAAGAAGCUGCCGAAGCUGCGACGCGAUUUCACGAUCGAGGAGCUGACCAAGUACGACGGCAAGGGCCCGGACGGCCGGAUACUGGUCGCCGUCAACGGCAGCGUGUACGACGUCACCAGAGGCGCCAAGUUCUACGGCCCUGGUGGACCUUAUGAAGCAUUCGGUGGUCGGGAUGCUAGCAGAGCGCUGGCAAGGUUUGCGGUGGAUGCAGCGACAGACAAAUACGAUGACUUGAGUGACUUGAACACAACAGAAAUGAAUUCCAUCAAAGAGUGGGAGGAACAAUUCAAAGAGAGAUACGAUUAUGUUGGAAAAUUAUUGAAGCCUGGUGAAGCGCCUACAAAUUAUUCCGAUGAAGAGGACGAGGGUAGUCAACAGGAGACUGAAACAAAAUCGGAGAGUUACGAUACAGAAAAAACAGAUAAUAGUGAUACCACCGGAAAAUCCAAGAGCGAUUGACCACAUGAUCGUACAUUGAAGGCAAAACUGUUUCAGGAGCAUACUACGCACACGCUGUUGUUACAGAAAUCUUUGAAAUUGUCGCUCAUGAAUAUAUUUCUGGACGUUUGAUCGAAUAUUUUAUUACUUCAUAACUAUAAUCGAAUAAAGAGGCGAAAUGCCGGCUUUUAAUCGUGUUGGAUGUACACAAAAAGAGAUUUCCGAAAAAGCUGGCGAGUCGUAUAUGAGAACUUUAUUUCAGCGUCCAACUGCCAAUCAGCGUGGACGCACUGUCGUAUCUUUUAAUAUUUUUUACAUAUGUACAAAAGAUUUUCUACAGCCAAGCCGAAACAAUGGCAAGUAACAAUGUAGCAUAUUCCAUUAUAAACAUUUCUCGUUGAAUUACCGAUUGUACUCUGUUGUACAACAACAUGGUGAUGCGUUUAUAUCCGUGCUCGCACGGAGUACGGCAAUCCAAUAGAAAGCUUCUGACAUGCAUUUGGAGUUUAGCUUUAAGUCUGCUCUACGGAAUUAAGUCUACUCGCAGUUCCGCGAUCAAAACAAAAAAAAAAGAACUACACUACCGAAUUACGGAAGAAGAGGAUCACACAAAGACGUAUUCACUUCGGAAACGCUUGCGAAUAAUCCGAUUAACGCUUGUUAACUCGGAUGAAGCGCUGAAUAGCGCAUAGUUACAUAUAUUUAUGUUAUAUUUUUAAUAUGCGAUCGUAUCAGGCACGUGAUAUUAUUACCAAAUAAUGAAAAUCAAGUACACUGCGUUUCAUUAAUCGAAUCUUUUUUGAGUGCAAAAGUUCGUAUCAUUUCUAUGUUCCCGUUUGUAUAUCCGGAUUUGUAUUCCGGAUGAGCGAGAGAGAUACAUACUUGACUAUGUACAUCUUUUUGCAUUCAAAAAGGAAAUUAAUAAAACACAGAUACACUGAGUUUGAAAGUCUUUUUCUCGCUUGCAUCGCAACCAACGCGAAAAGUCUCAAUGAUUAUGCAUUUUCUGCUAAAGUUUUAAUCGCUGAAACAGUACCAGAAGUAAAUCGUGCAUAACGCGUGCGUCUCCCAACGGUUUAUUUUAUGCGCGUGAAGAUAACAAAUAUAUGAAACUUCCGCGGUGAAUUCUGGCAUUGUAAAAUUUCGUUACAAUAAGAUAUUGUACGUUCACAAGUAUUCGCAUACUUCGGUGCAGCAUUGUCUCAACACAGUGCAUCAAUUUAUUAAUGCUGUUCAAUGGCUUUAUUCACCAAUAAAAUAUGGUUUUGGUAAAUAGCUAUACCUGAGAAUAAGUUUAUAAAUAAAGAUUAAUAUCAAAGUUGUGUUAUAUGUAUAUACAUAUACAUAUAUACAUUUCUAUAUACACAUAACAUUGCAUGUGCAUUUCCUGUAUAAUUUAAAAUUCCGUCGGUGUAAAAUUUGUAUUUUAUAUCUUGUUGGCAUUUAAAGAGGCAAGAAAGUUAUUUAUUGUAUUUCACGCGUCAUGUUAGUUACAUGAAAAAUGGUGUAUAUAAACUUAUCAUGGUUAGAUAGAAUUGAUUGUGGUAAAUAAAGUUUUAUUAUUGUUUAUAUUAAU